GAAAAGCGAAAGCCAUGAAGGUGCGUUCCAAGAAGCCCGUUUGGUUCCUGUUCAAGUUGGUGGAGCUGAUCUUUAGCCUGCUCUGCUGCGUCAUCCAUUGGAAUUGUUACCAUCAUCACGGCGUGCCGCAUGUCUUCCUGCUGUGCGGGUCCUAUGGUGGCUCUAUUAUUAUGGGUCUAUUAUCAAUUUUAAGUUCCUUUUAUGCCGAGAAACCGAAGAUGAAAUAUGAGGCAGCGCACUCAGGAGUUCUUGGUAUCAUUCACUUGGUCACCGUGUUCGCUCACAUGUACAUGGCCACAUUGGAGCAGUUCCAGAAACCGAAUUGGGUUGACUUCUUUAACUGCACCCGGGACAAUGCCAUGUUUGCCCUGACCGCCACCUCCAUAUACUUUCUGCACUUCACCUUUGCCUUGGACCUGUUGUAUUCGCACACCCUCAAAGUGAAGAGGCAUCCGGACAGGUGCAAGCGACCGCUUAGCCUCUAUUUCAUCAGUCCAGGUGUCGAGGCGUAUGCGAGUGGUUUCCGCUGGUACCAGCACUUGGCCAGCAGGAUGAUGACCAGUGACCAGACCUCGGAGCACUCUGCCGGGAUCAAGCAUAUGUCCUAUGACUCGGAAUCGGAUGAAGAGCCGCGACCGUCCGCAACCAAAAGACCAGACGACGGCAGAGUUUCGGGUGUAUUUCAAAGGUCUAACGACCUGGGUGUGCCCUCCAUGUAAACAAAUAAUUGUUUAAAUUAAUUUUGAUUGUUUAAAAUAUAAUGGCCCUCUGCCUACCAGUUUUAAAA